CACCAGUUAGCAUAGAACCGAACGAGGCCUUUCAUCUCCCUUGCUCGUCAGUUCAUUCGUCAGCAGUCCCACAGGUUGGACGUGCGCUGUGUGGCUCCGCGAAACUCGGGCGAUUUGCCAGCGGCGGAAUAGCGACCCCACAUUUGGCGAUCCUGCCAGGAGCGGGAGCUGAUGCUUACCCGCUUCUGAUCAAUCACAUCGAAUUUUCGACGUGGCGCAAUCAGGGAAAAAGCACCUUGUUGGAAAAGUGACGAGCAACGGUCGACGAAUGCGAGGUUCUCCAGUGACGACCUGAUAAGCAUGGCCGAGGACAAUACAUUGGGUGACUUCUCACAUAUCGACGAUGAGCUGCAGUUCGUGAAAAAUGAUGAAAAGUUCGAUGAAUAUUGUGAGAAUAGCAAAUUUGUGCGGAUCAUAAUGGUGUGAAUUGUGGAGAAAUUCCGACUGUUCAGAUGUGAAUGUAAUCAUGUAAUUUAUUACAAAUAGUUUAGUGUUGUGUCAAUUUGAAAAUCUGAAUCAUUGGAUACACAAUGGAUAUGUCUCAGCACCAAUGGGAAGAACUCCUGCUGGGUCCUAACCACACCAGUGCGAAUCCGUCGGAGGAGCAAACAGCACCGGUGGCCGCGGUGCGCUUCAUAUCGACAGCAGAAGUGGGCAAUAUUAGUUUAACAAAUGGGCAACAGUUGGGCAACCACACAGAACCUCCGAUUGAACCGCCAGGAUACACCGACUCGACCGUGGCUGUGAUUAUCGUAUACUGUGUGCUGUUUGUCGUCGCUGCCAGCGGCAAUCUGUCCGUGGUGAUUACCCUUUUUCGAUCCCGACGCCACCGGCGGUCCCGCGUCAGUCUCAUGAUUUGUCAUCUGGCUGUCGCCGAUCUGAUGGUGGCCUUCAUCAUGAUCCCACUGGAGGUCGGCUGGCGCAUCACCGUUCAGUGGCAUGCGGGAAAUGUGGCCUGCAAGGUGUUCCUGUUUAUGCGCGCGUUCUGUCUUUACCUGAGCUCCAACGUGCUCGUGUGCGUUUCCCUGGACCGGUGCUUCGCUGUGAUGUAUCCGCUGCGAGUUUCCGCCGCCCGGACGCGGGGCAAGAUUAUGCUGGGCGGUGCCUGGAUAAUUGCGUUCGCAAAUGCCGUGCCACAGAGCAUAAUCUUUCGGGUUCUACGCCACCCGCAGUUACCGGAUUUCAAGCAGUGCGUUACAUUUGGCUUCUUCCGUACGCCCGGGUUGGAGCUGGCCUACAAUUUGUUCUGUGUGAUAGCGAUGUAUUUCGUGCCGCUGAUGAUUAUCAGCGCUGCCUAUACCUUCAUCCUGUGCGAAAUCUCGAACCGAUCGCGGGAAAAAGAAACGACCGAUACGAGUAAUUCCGGUGGAAUGCGAUUGCGUUGCAACGAUCUGACCCACAUCGAGCGAGCCCGACAGAGGACACUCCGGCUCACGAUCACCAUUGUGGCCGUUUUCGUCUGGUGCUGGACACCGUACGUUGUGAUGACCCUGUGGUAUAUGUUCGAUCGGGAGAGUGCGGUCAAAGUGGAUGGAGCGGUACAGGAUGGGCUGUUUCUGAUGGCCGUUUCCAACUCGUGCAUGAACCCACUGGUUUAUGGUUCCUAUGCGAUGAAGUGUCGGAGGCCCUGGCGCCGGCAGGCAGCCCCUAACAAUGGUGCUCAAACGGUCAAUGCUGCCCAACGGAGAUCAACUGAUGCCGUGUCCGGGCCGCAUUCCGACCGACUAACCGCCCGGGACAAUAAGGACGGGUUAGUGUUCGAACGGGAGCACAGCAUCAAACUGAACCAGUUCGGCCUCACCAACGGUGGCCUAGGCCAGGGGCACUUCGGUGUUGGCAUUGCGGGUGGUUGCUCUCAAAUGACUGCGACAACGCGAUUUGGACACUGUGCAGCUCCGUCGAGCCGAAGCGAGUAUACGGUCGAAAAUGGUGUCAUCCCUCCAGCCAAAUUGAAAGCAUCCAGCCAUCGGAAGGGCUGCCCGCCAACCUGCAGCGAGUUGGCAGUGCUGGCAGACGAGAGUUCGAUGAUCGUAUGUCGCCGGUCGUACUACUCCGAUCCCAUCCCGGAUGAGCUCGACUCGUCGAUGGACGGCGGAUUUACACGAAGUUUGGAUACCGGCGGCUGGCGAUGAUAAGCCGCGGCCGUGAAGUUUCUUCUUGUGGGGCGCGAAGAAAUAGAGGACAUGUGGAAGAACAUUCACGGUUCAGCAGGAUACGUACAAUUUUACCUCCUACGUCGAUUUUUUUGAAAUCCUAAAAUACAUUCUUCGUCGAGAAUGUGUGUGUGCGCGUAAGGCAGGGGGAUUGUUUUUACAACAACGGAAAAAAGGAGUGAG